UUAAUUUUACUGUUAAAUAUUAGGAAGAGUCUUGGAAGUUGGUUGCUGGUGCUUUUUCUACAUCAUUUCAUAAUCUGAGAUCAAUUGUAUGUCCAAGUUAUAUUUUAGCUACUGGCACUAGCUUUUUCAAUUACAGUUCCUGAUUCUUUCUCAAGAUUGAGUACAAUUCUAUAUUAACUCAAAGUAUAGCAUACAGAUUUUCAAUUUUGAGUUUAGGGUACCUUAUGUAAACCUAAAAAACCAUCCCCUGAUGCUCUAUACCUAGAAAACCAACUCUGCUCUCACAUUUCACUCAGAAUAAGAUAAUCGCAAAAUUUACUCAGAUAUCAAAUUUUUCUUAUCGGAUUUAUUUUGCCGUACGCUGUGCUGAUAAGUUUCCGACAUUUCCCGUACUUAUUAAACUACCGAAGUAUCUAAAACUUUUAUUAACCGUAAUUACGACAAAAAGUCACCGAUUUCCUUUUCUUUUAUCAAAUCAAUUUAAGGUUAUCAGUGGCACUUCCGCAAAUUGCAUUUUACUUAAGUAUUAAAUAGUCUGCAAAAUUGUGUUAUUCAAUUUUUAAACUUCAGAGCACCAAGAUGAAUAAAAAUAUUUUAUUGAGUUUAGCUGUGUUGAUAUUUACAGUGUCAAAGUGUUAUGGACAGCUAGAUAGGAUUUGUGAUGGAACUGCGACUGUUGAAAUCAUCCCACAUCCAGAUGACUGUACUAAAUAUGUGAUUUGCAUUCUUCAGAUGCCAUCGAUUGUUAAAUGCGAACCAGACACAGUUUUUAAUUAUUUGACCGACAGCUGUGAGCCAGGUAAUCCAGAAACAUGCACAAUAUAUUCAAUGACAACCACCACAACUUUAAAGCCUCCAACAGAAACCACAACAGAAUUGCCAAUAUAUCAAUGUCCACCAGAUGGAAUUGUGCUAAUUCCAAAUUAUUCAAAUUGUCGUCGAUAUUUUUCAUGUCAUUUUGGUGAAAGGCAUUUGCAUUUUUGUCCGAUUGGAUUAUUUUUUGAUUCUGUGGAUUUAAAAUGCAAAAUACGAAGAUUUGCUUUACCAACAGUCGUUGAAUGUGAACAAGGAUUAAUCUUUGAUCCCUCAAUUUGGAGAUGCGAGCCAGGUGAUCCAGACACAUGUGAACUUUUUACAACUCAACCAAUAGUCACAACAACGACUUCUAUUACUACUCCAACAAUAACAAGUGCGACUGAAACAACGUCAAUCGAUCCAACAACUGAACCCGAUGAGCCAGAAUCAACCACAAAUAAUUCAACUGAAUAUUCAACAGUUCCAACAGAGAUAACUACAGCUCAAGAAUCAACAACUGAUGAAAUUUCAAGCACGACAACGAUAAGAGUUUCAACAACAUCUUCAGCAGCACCGCCAAUUCACAGAUGUCCACCUGGUGGCAAUGGAUAUAUUCCUAAUUAUACCAAUUGUGCUCGAUACUUUAAAUGUAUCUCUGGAAUUAGACACCUUCGAUUCUGUCCUGAGGAAAAACUAUUUGAUUCUACAAUAGCGAGUGCAGACAUCCCAAACGAUUUCUGCGUUGGAAGAGAGCAUCAAAUUUUAUCACAUCCAGAUAAAAAUCGAUGCACAGAGUUCAUUAUUUGUGUUUUUGAGACACCGGUUCUAUCUCGAUGUACUCGGCAGAAUGAGAUUUUUUAUCAACCUGUUAGAGAUUGCUUGCCAGGCGACCCUGAAUCUUGUGUGGUAUUUGCUCAUACGACAAGUACAACUAAAACAGAGGUGACAACUGAUUCUGAAACCACGCAAGAGGUGACAACUGAGUCUGAAACCACGCAAGAGGUGACAACUGAGUCUGAAACCACCCAAGAGAUUACAACUGAGUCUGAAGUAACGACAGAAAAGACAACUGAGUCUGAAGUAACGCAAGAGGUGACAACUGAGUUUGAAACCACGCAAGAGGUGACAACUGAGUCUGAAACCACGCAAGAGGUUACAACUGAGUCUGAAGUAACAACAGAGGUGACAACUGAGUCUGAAACCACCCAAGAGGUGACAACUGAGUCUGAAACCACGCAAGAGGUUACAACUGAGUCUAAAGUAAAGACAGAGGUGACAACUGAGUCUGAAACCACCCAAGAGAUUACAACUAAGUCUGAAGUAACGACAGAAGAGACAACUGAGUCUGAAGUAACGCAAGAGCUGACAACUGAGUCUGAAACCACGCAAGAGGUGACAACUGAGUCUGGAACCACCCAAGAGAUUACAACUGAGUCUGAAGUAACGACAGAAGUUACAACUGAGUCUGAAGUAACGACAGAGAUGACAACUGAGUCUGAAACUACGCAAGAGGUGACAACUGAGUCUGAAACCACCCAAGAGAUUACAACUGAGUCUGAAGUAACAACAGAGGUGACAACUGAGUCUGAAGUAACGACACAGGUGACAACUGAGUCAGAAGUAACGACAACUUUAGAGCCUCCAACAGAAACUACAACAGAAUUGCAAAAACAUCAAUGUCCACCAGAUGGAAUUGUGCUAAUUCCAAAUUAUUCAAAUUGUCGUCGAUAUUUCUCAUGUCAUUUUGGUGAAAGGCACUUGCAUUUUUGUCCGAUUGGAUUAUUUUUUGAUUCUAUAGAUUUAAAGUGUAAAUUACGAAGAUUUGCUGUCUGUGCUACAGCUGAGUGA